AUGGCCCCGGCAUUGUCGGAGGCUUGUAGCGUUCGUCGCAAACCCGACAUCGGCUCCCGCGAGCCCGUCAAGCAGCAUUUGCAACGCAAAGUGCCCAGCAGCCCGGUGGCGGCGUCUCCGCCUCCGUCGCCUCCCGUGGCGUCCCUGGGCGACAAGCUGCAGCAGGCCCGGCCCGGCACGCUGGAUCCCUGCUUUGCCGCGCCGGCCACGGGCGACACGCCGCCGCGUCAUUGCCUGUCGCCUUUGAGCCCGCCGCUGUCGCCGCCCGCCACGGACCACGACGCCACCCGCCGCUUCAUCCUCGACCUGGCCGCCAAGAAAGUCGUCGUGGCGGCAACGGCGGCGGCAGCAGCGGUCGUUGGCGAUCAAACCUGCGACCUGGAUUUGGAUUGUCAUCUGCCCGACUCUCCCUCGUCGCAGCUGUCGGUGGCACACUGUCCACGCGGACUCGUGGAGUUUACCCUGCCGCCUCACCCGCCUCCACCGUCGUCGCUCAUGUCGGCGGCGGCUGCGCCGCAAGACACGGCCGCCAUCAUCAUGCAGUUGACGGAGAAGGCGAAGGCGCGGCAGGUUGAGGCGCAUCGGUCUCGAAGUCGGUCUCUCCGACGGGCGCGGUGCAUCACGAUCUCGCUCAUUUACGCCAACGCGUUGCGUCUGGCCAAGUGCGUCGUUGUGGCCAAGAAGAAGCGACCGGAAGAGGUGACAGUGGGUGAAGCGAGCGAGGACGCGUUGCGGACAGGGGCCACGCUAAGGGAGCUGGAGGAGCGGUUCGAGAUCCGCCAGACGGCCAAGCGCUACCUCAACCGCUUACACUCGCUUUUUGGGCGUCUGGGUCAACUGUUGUCGCGACACGAUCAUUGGAAGCGAGUGGAUGGUGGUGAUGAUAUGGACGAGGAAGUGGUGGAUGAUGGUGACGACUAUGGUGAAGCCACCGAGAGUUCUUCGGGUGGCGAGUCGUGCGAUGAGCAUGAGGGGAUGGGCUCUCGGGUCCGCGCCCCGCGGCAAGAUCGAAUCGGCGCCACAGUACCAUCCAUUGAACGUCGGGCAUUAAGUCGGUGGCUGGUUGACUCGCAUACGCUGGGAGCACGGUGGAGUUGGUUGCAAAUCAAAAGCGACAACCUCAUCAAAGCUGCACAUUCCUUGGAAAACCAGCGAAGGUUAUGUUCUGGAGCUAAUGCAGUACCUACUUCGGAAUUCAGAGGAGAUGUUCCUGGCGGUUUAUGA